AUGGAGGACAGUAUCGGUUAUAACUUACUCUGGAGGUCGGUGGAGAAUGAAGUGAUCCCCACAUGUCAGAAGUACGGGGUAGGAAUCCUGGCUUACUCCCCUUUACAGCAGGGGCUGCUCUCGGGGAGAUUCCUUAAGGUGGACGACGUUCCCCUCGGACGACGGAGAGGAAAACUCUUCUCUCCUGAGAGUUGUCAUCUAGCAAGGCAUGGACAAGAGGGGGCUGAGAAGGAAGUAUUUGAGGCAAUAGCUAAGAUGAGUGAUAUAUGUAAGAAGGCCAAUGUCCCUAUGUCUAAGGCUGCCUUAUCCUGGCUACUGAACCAGCCCAAUGUCCCUGUGGCCAUAGUGGGAGCUAGGACGCCAGAACAAAUGGUGGAGAACUGUGAAAUUAUUGACCUACCUCAGAAUGUCAUUCAGGAGUUGACUGAUGCUACAGAAGCCGUGAAGAAGAAGAUCGGGAAUUCCAUUGACCAGUGGGCUCACCCAGAUCGCUGUGAAUGAUUGGACACUAUAUAUAGUUCAGGACUCACCCCGAUCGCUGUGAAUGAUUGGACACUAUAUAUAGUCCAGGACUCACCCCGAUCGCUGUGAAUGAUUGGACUCUAUAUACAGUCUAGCACUCUAGAAAUUUUUAAUUGUUUUAAAUUUACGCAGCUUAGUUGUAGGUAAUGGGAAUUCUGAAUGGCAUAAAGUUGUAAUGAGCAGUAUUAUUAUCAUCUAAUUGUUAAAUCAUUCAGCAAAUUUAAUAUUUGUGACAGUUUAUUUGCAUUUUUUUUUUUUACAAUAUGCAUGUACACAUUGGAUUGUACACUUAUGCACUUGUACAUGUUAAUGUAGAAAACUAAAUCAUGAUAAAAAUU